AGACUGCCAAGCCGCCGAGACGGUGUCAGAGGUCCGCACCCAGUGUCACGGGAAAAGGAACUGUGCCAUCCAGGCCAACGAGAGCAUCUUCGGCGACCCUUGCCCCAUGGGCACCCACAAGUACCUCACUGUGUCCUACGCAUGUGGUAAGUGCUGAAAAUUUGCAUACUACGUGUUAGUGUUACAGUAGUUUUCCCCCCUCCCCCAAACCACAUCGCGUGAGUGGUUCACAACAUCCAACUGAGGAGUUAACGUAAGGGUGUUAUGGGGGGGGGGGGAUAUCUAUUUAUAGACACACGUGAUACACUCUGAAAACCACCCAUGGCUCAAGCUAAAUUAUUAAUGAAUGUAUUUAGUGCCACAUUAGGACCUUCCAAGACAAACACGGCUCUUCAAUUCAUCAGUGUUCAAUAUUUCAUACAGGUUCCACAACACGACACAGGGUCAUUGGGUCACCCCAAUUCAGGCAGACCUUUCUUUUUGGGAUUCUCGCCAAAUUAUUUUACCAUAAACGUGUAUGGUUUUUUAUUUGUUUUGUUGUUUUUUUUGUUGUUUUUUUUUGUUUUUUUUUUGGGGGGGGGGGGGGGGGGGUCCCCUCUAUAUAAAUUAUUUAUUAAAGUGCUAUGCAUUUCCUAUAUGAGGAACUGCAUUCAAGGGUCGCGGCAUUAAGAAGGUUGAGAACCACUGCUAUAAUGAUAAGAUGCAGUAUUACUAGAAAACCGAGUUUUAUGGUACCAUACUAUAAUACCUGAGGCAAAGUUGACCUCAAAUUAAUGUUUUAAAAUCAAUUAAAUUAUGAUUUUUUUUUUUUUUUAGAAUUAGAAACUUUUAGAGAUGACAAAAAAGUGACGUCACAAUUUUUUACCCCCCCUCCCAAAAAGUGUCGCAUAUUCUCAACCCACCCCCUCUAAAGGUGACCUAAUUUGCCAGUGACCCCUAAAUGUGAAAAUUUACUUAUAAAAUAGUUUUAAAUAGAUAUUUAGCAAUGAUCAAACCUUGAUAAAUUACUACAAGGGGAAAAACGGCAGAGUCCAUUUUGACCCCACUCUCUACUAUAAUGAAAUAAAUCAUGUUACAUUCAAGUUUGAAUUAAUUUAUCUAUUUAAUAACUCAGGGAAAUGGACACUCUUGUGAAAUGCAUUUUAAAAAUUACACUUUGUUAACACAUUUUUAAUGUGCAUGGUUUUGAACUUUAAAAAUCGAAUAUCUCAAAACAACAAAAAUGUGACUCUGCCGUUUUUUCCCUUGUGGUCUUCAUAUAUAUUCACUUACACUUGCACCUUGGUGUAUUCUUCAUAAACUCACCAGAAUGAUCCAUGAAACCUUCAGUAAUCUUUUUCCCCGCUUAAAAAAAAAAAAAAAUCAUGGCUGCAGACAUCUGCACAACCUCAAACCCAGAAGCCUUAUCAUGAAGUCCUCUCCCCCCACUCCUGUAGACACUAUGUGUCAUUCAGACGACAUGCGCACGUGCUAAUGCUUCUGUUACCGGCAUAUGUGGGCUUUCAUCUCUGGUCUCAUAUGUUCCACUAUCGACUCGUUGUCGUGGCCCAAUCUAGAAAUGGAAAAUGCGUCCAUUUGGAAGGAAAAAGCAGCUGUACAUUUUCAUGUUGGACUGACAGAUUCUUGUAUUCCCACUGGUAAGGAUGUGGCAGCUGUAUCCCAGCCCAGUUUUCACCCUAGCCUUGGUAGAAAUCGAGGCUUCUAAGACUAUUGAAAAAGUGGAGGAGAGCCUUUUUAAGGUUAAAAGAUAAAUAAAUUUACCAGAUUUUGUUGAAAGCUGCCCCCGUGACGUACUGAGAGCAGCUGGUUUAAGCCUGCGCAACAAGUUGGGUGUAGUUUCUAGGAAUAGAAUUUUCCUUAUCAGAGUAGAAGAUGAACCGGGUACAUUUAAUCUUUGUCAGAUAGGGCAGAUUUUAUUUAAGUAAGGGGGGCAACAAUAUACACGUAGUCUAAAAUAGUAAAGUUGUUAUUUCCCUUUACAUCCAUUUAUAUAAUAUUCCGAGUUCCUAUUGGUCAAAUUGAAUUUCUGUGUUCUUUUAAAGAAAGUGACGUCAUUACAAAUUUAUGUUUUGCUUCACAUGAUAACUUUGAUACUGUGAUCAAAUAACUUUGAUAACUUUUAUACUUUGUUUAUAUACCUUUGACACUUUGAUAAGAUCACUUUUAUACUUUGUUCAGAUAACUAUGACACUUUGAUCAGUUAACUUUGAUAUUUUGAUCAGAUAACUUUGAUACUUUGAUCGGAUAACUUUUGUUACUUUGAUCGGAUAACUUUUGUUACUUUGAUCAGAUAACUUUGACACUUUGAUCAGAUCACUUUUAUACUUUGUUUAGAUAACUUAGACACUUUGAUCAGAUAACCUUGAUACUUUGUUUAUAUAACUUUAACACUUUGAUAAGAUAACUUUCAUACUUUGAUCAGAUAACUUUGAUACUUUGAUCAGAUAACUUUGAUACUUUGAUCAGAUAACUUUGAUACUUUGAUCAGAUAACUUUGAUACUUUGAUCAGAUAACUUUGAUACUUUGAUCAGAUAACUUUGAUACUUUGAUCAAAUAACUUUGAUACUUUGAUCAAAUAACUUUGAUACUUUGAUCAGAUAACUUUGAUACUUUGAUCAGAUAACUUUGAUACUUUGAUCAGAUAACUUUGAUACUUUGAUCAGAUAACUUUGAUACUUUCAGUGCCGAGAAAAAUCUUAAAGCAAAUCCACCAAAAGAAAAACCGCAAGAAGAAGAAAAAGAAGAAGAAGAAGGACCAAGAGAAGGUGACCAAGUUGCCAAGAGAUGACAAUUUCACAGACAUCUCAUCAUCAACACAGUCUGCCUCUGACAUUAGUUCAGCGCCAUCAUUGCCAGAGGUUUACGUGACCUUUGAGCAGCUGCCUGUGACAAAAGUGGGUGAGGAGGCAGUAACAACAGGUCAGUGAAACAGGAAAUGGUUUUGUCAAAAUAGGCAGGUGAAAUAUAUAACAGGUUUGUGACAAUAUGUCACUGAAACAUGAAGCAGGUUUGUGACGAUUAGUCGGUGAAGCACGAAGUAGGCUCGUGACAAUUGGUCAAGGAAACAAGAAACAUGUUUGUGACAAUUCAAUAUGUCACUGAAACAUGUUUGUGAUCGUUGGUAUUAAGAAACCUUGAUACACUUAGUCAAUUUAGGAUGGACAAGUCUUUACAGAUGGUUACUUUGUACACAAAUGUCAUGACAAUGGGGGAGUCUGAAUUAUUUCUUUUUUUUUUAUUUAACAAUUGUUCAUUAUUAUUUUUGAAUAUAUUUUUUAAUUUUUUUUUAUUUAUGUAAGAAAAUGUUUUUAGAGUGGCCAUCUUUAUAAAAUCUGUUUAUUAUAUUUUAUCAGGCAAAAAAGGCACCAAAUAUCUGCUCUGCUGCUUGUAAUUAUUGGUGUUCUGGUAACUAUAGCAACUGAAUUUUUUUUUCUUUUACCAGGUUCUGUAAGGCAAGAAGAGAACCAAAAAUCUUCAACACAUCUUGACGACAAAGCAACGGAUGACACAACAGUGCAGGACAAGAUUCCUGGACUGGAUGAUGUCACCUCAGUUGAUGAGAGGACAAGUGAGCUGGAUGUUAGCACAGUCCACCGAGAGGCGAGCAAUUUUGAUGAUGUCAUCAUCACAGAGCCUUCAACGGAGGAUUCAUCCACCGACACAAACAAGAAAACCAAUGAUGAAGUGUAUUAUAAAAGCUUUGAAGACAUCACAACAUCCGUCAUCUUAUCGCCCAGUUCAGCUGAUCAGCACAAAGACAAUAAGGAUGAUUCAGGCAGCAGGCAGCCGAAUGGAAACAAUGCAGGUCAUGUUAGAGAAAGUGGUGAGGAAUUCGAUAACAGCAGACCUCAUUCAGGCAGCAGUAACAACACUAAUCAUGUUGAGAAUGAGGAUAACAACAGUUUUGAGGAAGACACCUCUGUUGUUAGUCCGACGAGGUCUCCUCCGGUUGAGACAACUUACUCCACAGUGUCUACGAACAUUCACAAAGACACAGGUCCAGACCAUGAAUCUGUGUCAAAUUCAAAUUAUACAAUGGAGAAAAAAGACUCACCUUUUGUUACAGAGCGUAAUCUGACUGUUCUGUGUAUGAAUUAUACCCGUCCAGAUGUCAGGUGGGGUGGGAUGCAGAGACCAAGAGACCAUAGGACUAUUGGUUUUCUCAAAGACUGGCUUAGUAUUUGUCACUACCUCAAAAGUGAGUGCACUCUAUUUAUUGUUAGAGAUUGAUAAUUUUUUUUGUUUAUUAUCAAUUAUUAACCACUUCAUUACUGAUGAGGUCGACGUCGUGAUCACCCACUUUCAAUUACCAAGGACGUCACAUCGACGUCAUAACAAAAAUUUUAGAACUUUUCUGAAAUACCGCAGGACGUCACGUCGAUGUCAAAUUUCAAUGCUAUAUAUUUCCUUAUUCGUUAAUCUAUAGAGAAGUUAAAAAGCGAAUGGGAUAGAGAAUGAGAUAUACUGAAAAUUUCCUCUUUUAAUUUUGUUGUUGCUGAGUCAGCAAAAAAUUGUGCCCCCCAAAACCCUGCAGUAUUGAAGUGGUUAAUUAUUUUUCAAUAAUGAGGUUGUAACUAUCAUAAUGUUUCAGUCAGCUUUUAAAAAUUUUACUGUUGAGUUCAAGGGAACACAAAGUGCAGAAACAUUUAAUCAGAUCAUGAUAACAUUUUUAAAAAUGUGCGUUAAUACAUUUUUAUCUAUAAUAUAUGGAAAAGGAAUUUGGGGAUCCCCUCAAUCUAGGACUUAAGUUUAAUCUGUUUAAAAACUUCCAGUUAUAAACAGAAUUAUAUGUGAAAUUUAGUUAUCUAAUUUUGUUUUAAAUUUUGAGAAAACUUAUCUCAACAAUUUUAGCAUUGAGUAUAUAAUUUUUAUUUGCUGAUGCUGUCACAACGUUUUAAAAGAUUAGUCUAAAUAUGCCUGGUGGUAGAGCUCCCUAAAAUUCAAUUUGCCUUCGGCUGCAUCAAAGUCUGACACAUUAUCACAAUUAAAAUUAGACAUAACUUUUUCCAAAACUUAAAGAAUCGCCUCAUUUUUUUAAAAAAAUAAUAAUUUUAUUUGAAAAACAGCCAUCAGCCAUAUUGAUACAGAUUGCUGUAAUAUUAACUUUAAAGGAAAUGCUUGCCUAGUGUGUGGUUUUUAGAAAGGGGCAACUUACUUUUGUUACCAGAUUAAUAUUUUUUUCUCAGAGACCAAUAAAUUUGUUUGUCUUCAACAACAAAAUUUAGUGUCAGUUGUGACCACUGCAGUAUUGGUAGGACAUUUAAGUGCAGCAGUCAGUCCCAAAAAGUGUGUUUAAUUUUUUUUUCAGGAUCAAAGAAGAGAGAAUGUUAAAUCAACAACAAAAAUGUGUGCAGGAAUAGCUGCAGAUGUAAACAUUGAUCGUUUCACUUUUAUUUUAUAUCAACUUAAAUUUAAUUAUUUAAUUUUUUUUGUCUUUGCAGCACAUGAAGAAAAAGCUUGGCUUUAUUUCACGCUGGGGAUCUGCUUUGGUAUAAUUGUCAUGUUGGUAGUUGUCCUUGUUAAAGUCUGCUGUAACUUUCGUCGCAACAUCAGAGCCCGCCUGGAUGUAUCAGAGCCCACACAUCGCAGUGCUCACAUCAACAACCACAGCUCUCUUGAUGCCCCCAUGCUGGAACAUUCAGACUCAAUGGACAGAAUUGAAGUUGUUCGCUUUAGUCCUCGCAGCACACUGAGAAGUUUACGCAGCAACUCACAUAAUAGAGAUUUAGUAAAUUAUUACGGUUAAUAAAUUAUGAGCAAUAUUUGGGCACUGCUAGUUAAUAAAAAGUAAUUUUUUUUUUUAAAUAUCAUGAAGGAGAAUAUACAACCAGUUAAGAUUUUUUUUAGAUUUUCAAAAGUCAGUGAGGUAUUUAUUUUAUAAGAAUAGUUUUAAAGGAAAGUAUGGGGC